CUGCGCCUCAUGCCUCGCUCUGACCCCAGCCCCGCCCCGCCUAUCCUCAGCCAGCGGCGGAAGUGACGCAGCAGAAUAGCGGAACGUGUUUGACAGGAGCCGGGGGCGCCGCUACAUCCCGGGUGUCACCGCGCUGCUCCUGCGUCACCCGGCAUGGGCAGCAGCGGAUCCCGAGCCCGGGGCCUGUGGCCGUUCUCCUCCCCGGGAGCGGACAGUCCCGGCACCAGCGAGCAGAGCGUGGCCCGGAUCCGCAAGGCCACCCCCUUCAUCUUCACCCGGCGCGGCUCCAUGUACUUUGAUGAAGAUGGAGACCUGGCACAUGAGUUCUACGAGGAAACGAUCGUGACCAAGAACGGUCGGAAACGCGCAAAACUGAAACGCAUCCACAAGAACCUGCGGCCUCAGGGCACCAUCCGGUUAGACCAUCCGUGCAUCCACGUGGAUUUCCCUGUCGUACUGUGUGAGGUCUGACACUGGCUGCCACCCUUGCCUGCCGAGCUGUGCCCUCCUCUACCAAACUCUGCACCCUACGCUGUGCUCCCGAGACGGGAGCUAGAGGAGAACGAUGGGGGGGGGGGGAUACAGGGACAGCCCCCAAAUAAAGACACUUGUGGGGUAUUUAUGAAGACAAUGACUCGGGGUAUGACGGAUGAAAUGACCACACACUCUACCACGGCGGACAGGGCCACUUCUGGAGAGUAACGUGUCCUGGAGCCACCGUCGGUCAGGUGACCAUAGGCUGCUAGAGUUGUAUCCCCUAUUGCUUUAAUAUUUGCCAGUAAUCCGUUGUCUGCACCAACCCUCCUGUGGAAGAAGAAUAGAGAGAGACAGGGGGCGCGGCUCCCUCCCGCCUUCCUCUUCGGGGGGGAUACAACCUCAAUACUGACCGUGUGUCUGCUCACAGCUGCCCAAACCUUCCCUCUCUACAACAGGCUAGAGACUUGUAGCGUUAGUGCAAUCUGGCACAGAAUAGAAAGUAAAUGGGUUUUCCGUAUGUGAAAUAUUAAUGUUUUGGUCCCCAGUACCAAAAGUCCAAGUCUUAAGAGCCCAGCACAUAUAUACUCGUCUAAGCCGGUCUCCGCAACACAGCGUGCCCCGUGGAGAUAGUGGAAUAUUCUUCUGCGCUGUGCAGGGACAGACUUGUGUCUAUAUGCGACACAUCCUAUGUGGAAAGGGGCAACGCAGUCCCGGUGGAAGUUCCCUGGUACAAUCACACUUGUAUGUAACGCCCUUCCAUGUGUGUUUAUUUAUUACAUGUAUGUUUUACUUUGUGUUCUGUAUUCCUGAGCUGUGAAACGCCCCUUUCCCAGCAUCCUCCACUCUGAGCUGUCCCUGUACCCCAAUCUAUCAGACUGUGAUUACUGCUGUACCCAGACUCCUAGAGGACCGGGAGACGUCAGGGGCAUGGAGAGUUUCUUCCUAAUAAAACCUAUGUUUGUAA